CUUCUUUUACCGCCGCCUCCAGCGCCUCCGUCAACGACUCCACGUUCGGAGCAAACGUGAAACCGAACUCAUCAUCGACAAUAAUAGUUCCUUUAAUGCUGGGAAAUCUCGACGCCAUGACAGGUGUCCCACUCAUCAUCGCCUCCAACAAAACCGGUGCAGAUGGAGCAGGUGGAGGUGCUGCGAAGGAUGAAGAAGAGAGGGAUGCUGAAGAGGAUAAUGAAGAAGAGAAUGGAAUGGUGCAGAGAUUGGAAAGAGAUGAUGAUUGAUGGGGUUUCUUGGGUUUGCUGUUGAAGGCCAUUCUUGAAUUCCUUGAAUUUCUUGAGGUGAAGAGUUCGGAAAAGUGGGGUGGGCAUGGAACUUAAGCAAGUGCUUCGUUUUCUUUCCAGUUCUGGGAGAAAAAAAGUUGAAGGUUUCCCUACUCUUUUGACUUGUUUUAUGCAAGACAAUGCAGUGAGUACUUGUUAAUAACGUUUAGUACUGAUUUGCUUUAUGUUGAUUGUGUUUUAUGUAGCAAUUAGAAGGUGACAAAUUCCAAUGCAUGUAGAGUUUGAAGGCUUUCAAGAACUUUCAUAAUGGAUGACAUCCUUGGCCUCUCUUUGGGUUCAAGGUUAUGCAUUUUGGUGCCAGAAGAGCCAUCUCCUUUGCUCCCUUCACUGAAUACAGGCGGGUAAGUCCUGGGUCCAUAAUGUAGCGCAACUCGACACUGCUCCUCAAAUAUAAGGUUUUAGCCAUU